AUGAUGGCCCUAAGGGAUGCAAGGCUUAUGGACUCUCUUUCAGAGGUCUCCAGUGUUCAAAACAGCCCUUUUCGCUUCCUCGACUUACCCUUUGAGCUUCGAAGACAGAUAAUCAGACAUGCAAUCAGUAUCUAUCGACGCAAGCCAAAACAAUUCGAUUGGGUCUCGUUUGGGCAGAUCAGUUUUGAGUUCGCGAGUGAGGGCUAUGAUAUUAUCAUCAGUGCUACUGGUCUCAGAUUCCUGAACCUCACUUCUCUCAAUCUUGGUUUGGUCAAUAAGCAGGUUCGCCAGGAAGUUCUAUCCGUCAUCUUCCAGGGUUCCACCGUAUGUCUUUAUGUCCAGAUUCCCCAACACGGCUACGGCCCAUUCAGCGAACACACUGCAUCCUUGGCCGCCAUUAUCCAAAUAUUGAAUAACUAUCCGCUACUGUGCGAUAUGACAAGACGGCUUACUGUUUUCGUUAACCCUGAACGCCCGUACAUUCAUGCUGUGGGGGAAAAGGUGGUCCAGAUCACGCCUCGCUUUGUUUAUGACCACUUUGGGUUGAUGCUCGUAGUAUCCGCGGUUUUAAGUCCUUUUGUCUUUUUGGGGUAUACGGCUAGUCGCGUUUGUAGGAGAGCGGCCACAUUCUACAGCAAGAGAGACAGCGAUCUGCCAGCCCUCGUUGACACUAUUUUGCACGGAUUCAAGACCUGCAAGCACUUAAAAGCGAUUCUAUAUUUGGAUAACUUGGACUUGCAGGACGUCGAAAUUAUCCUGGGGCUGUUUAAUAUGCCCAAUUGUUCUAUCACCUUGGAGGAAUGGUGGGAAAUACCGAGACGAGGACCUAUGCGCGAGGCUGCGCUAGCAAUCUAUGAUGAACGCUAUAAGAACUUCAUUCCGGCGGCCGCUGAAGAGUCUGGGCACAAGUGGUUUAUGUCUGUUUGUCCAAGCUUGGAGAGGAUCUAUUUUCAACGGGUUGAGGAUAUCAUGAUCAGGCAAAGAGUCUGGUCCAGGUAG